GCAGGCUGUGGGUGUUGGUCAUUUGGUCAAACAGGGGCUGAUGUUGACUAUCUACCUUGCUCAUUAGCUUGGACCACUGAAUGAUUCAAAUCUUCUUAGGCCCUCACUCAUCAGUCAGUUAACAGAUCCCUCUGGCUUCAUCAGCAGCAACAGCAGCUCGAGCUCAGCGAGGAUCAAAUCUAAGCACUAAGUGGAAGGCAUGCAUCCCAGUACGACGACCUCGACGCCUUUUUCCGUGAAGGAUAUCUUGAGGAUGGAGCAACACCACGACUAUGAGCAUGAUUUUCUAACGGCUGACCAGGUUGUGCCCUUGCAUCAUCAGCACGUGCACGCUGCGCCCCAGAAGAGCGACUUUUACGAAUGCCACUCGGAGCCGCGCGCCUCGGAGAUACUUGACAAGCUCGAUGCUCACAACCCGGGAGAAGAGGAGAUGCACGAGCAUGAGAUGACCGGGUUCGACAGUCCAUCUGAUUGUAACAACCCCCCCCAAAGGCCCAGGGUGCGAAGGAAGCCCCGGGUCCUCUUCUCCCAGUCUCAAGUGUCCCAACUAGAGAGGCGUUUCAGACAGCAGCGCUACCUGUCCGCCCCGGAGAGAGAGCACCUGGCCCACGUGCUCCAGCUCACCUCCACCCAGGUGAAGAUCUGGUUCCAGAACCGCAGGUACAAAUGUAAACGACAGAGGCAGGACAAAUCUCUGGAGCUGGCGGGUUAUCUGCCUGCACCCAGGAGGGUCGCGGUUCCCGUGCUGGUGCGGGACGGGAAGCUGUGCGGUGCCGGUUCCCAUUCAGCGCCCUUCAAUGUAACACUUGGACAUUAUAACCCCGCGCUUGGAUACGGAAACAGCAGCAUGUACGGCUGCAGUUAUCACGGCGCGUCACCUUCUGCGGCACAGAUGUCCAACAGCCAGCUGAAUGAUUUAACAGGAAACACCGAGACGCACUUCAGCCACGGGCCGUUUCGGGCCUCUCUACAGGGUAUAAGAGGCUGGUGA